GUUCGUAUCUGAUCUGAGGGUGUUACCCUAGAUGCUAAACGAAGCAUUAAAUCUGAAGUUUCAAGGCAAUUAUUCGGGUAAAGUAAUGGUAGAGGAGAUAUUUUAACUUAACGUAUUUUUAAAGAAAUCGUUAAUUUGUUUGAAAAUCCCUCUUUAGAGGGUGAAGAUGGCGAAAACUUACGAUUAUUUAUUCAAGUUGCUUUUGAUCGGGGAUUCGGGCGUUGGAAAAACUUGUAUUCUUUUCCGUUUUUCGGAAGAUGCUUUUAACGCAACUUUUAUUUCAACUAUAGGCAUAGACUUCAAAAUUCGAACUAUAGAGCUGGAUGGGAAAAAGAUAAAACUACAAAUAUGGGAUACUGCUGGUCAAGAAAGGUUUCGCACAAUAACUACAGCGUACUACAGAGGAGCAAUGGGGAUUAUGCUGGUCUAUGAUGUGACCAAUGAGAAAUCAUUUGAAAACAUCAAGAACUGGAUAAGGAACAUUGAAGAGCAUGCUUCGGCUGAUGUCGAAAAGAUGGUACUGGGUAAUAAAUGUGAUGUGAAUGAGAGGAGGCAGGUGUCCAAAGAACGGGGGGAACAGCUUGCCAUAGAAUAUGGGAUAAAAUUUAUGGAGACAAGUGCAAAAGCUAGCAUAAAUGUAGAAGAGGCUUUUUUCGCAUUAGCAAGAGAUAUCAAGAGGAAAAUGGAAAAAAAAAUGUUAUCUUGGAACCAAUCUUCAUCAUUUCCUGUACGUGCAGAAGGAGGCAACCAAUCCACCUAAGACUGGAAGUCAUCAGUUGAAGGCCAACGAACCGACCAAAAAAACUUCGCGUUGGUUCUGCACAGUUCUUUGAUGCUUAUUUCAGGUAUGGUAUGGAUGUUAUGAUGUGUAUGUUCCUGCCAGAAACAGUAAUUACAGCUCCCCUUAAUGGUCGGCAUCACAUUAACAGCAGUUUGACAACAAUGUUGUGACCUUAGGAAGGGCAUGUCAUUGGAGGCUUGGGAAUUUCUUCACAAAAAAAAUAUGGAUUGUUUUUGAUAAUGAAUAAUACUCCAAACAUCACAGAGACUUUUAAUGGAGGCAGGAGUACACCACGUCAUGAGAUUAUUUUUCUUGGUAGAGUUGUAUAAGUACAAGUGAAACCUUUUUUUUUUUGUUUCACGGGCACUUGGUUUACAAACCGCACAGGCUUUUUUCCUGACGUAUCUUUACCUGAUAAACAGUAAAUUAAAACCUGUGUACAAAUUGUCAGGCAUCAACUAACAAGAUGAGUUAAUAAUAAAUUAGUUGCCUAAGUUUGAACAUUUAACACAUGGAUAAUAUCCAGAAAUUAAUAGAUGUUAACGAUCUACCAAAGUACAUCAUGUUCUUCCAACCAAUUAGUUCGGACAUAAUAAGAACGAUAAAAGUCAUGGAUCAAGUGCAAAUGUAAUAUUUUGUUUUAGAAACAUACAUGUAUAUUUGCCCCUCCCUUUAGAACCAAUCAUCAGCAUUAUUAUAAAUAUUACUUUGUGACCCCCUCACUACGAACUUUGUCCCAGGGAUUGACCCCAUAACCAUUUUGUGCUUGUCAUAGUUUUCAUAUUAUAACUUUUAAUACAGCGUCUUUGUGAAAUUUUGCAGGUUAUCAGUUAAACAUUACAUAAAAUAUCUGAUUUUGUAAUUAAGUUUUAAGAUUUUUUUUAAGUAAUGUUUUGCUCGUACAUUUUUUUUCUUUUCGAAUGUUGACUAUCCAACAUGCAAAGUAAUUUUGAUUUUAAGAUUAAAAAUACUUUUAUGUUUCAGAAAAUUGUCAAAUUUCACAUGCAAAAUCUUUAUAACCUCCAGACUUUUUAGAAAAUUUCUUUUUUUUAGAGAAAACUUUAUAUUUUAUCUGUUAUUUUCACUAUUGUAUCUGUAUGGGUUUGGUCGAUUUGACCGACCUCGUAACCAACAUAGAAAAUUAGGAAUUAGAUAUAAAUUAUGCAUCUUUUGUUCUAGAAUAACUACAGAUUAUAACAAGAAACCAUUAAUGUGUAGCCUAAAUCUCAUAACAUUAUACAUCAAUAUAUAUAUUUAUUAUUUGUAUUUUAUUGACCUUUCGGCCGUGUCUAACUAACAUUACAGAAGUUGAAAUGAUGCGGUGCACGUGCAUUCAUCCAAUAAUAUAAAACUGGCCUUUACAAAGUGACCUGUAUUUGAUUUGUUUUACUAAACCAGUAUUUUGUAAAAGAGUCACAUUUCCGUGAUAAUACCUUACUUGUGUAUAUAUAUCAUUAUUAUUUACAAAUGAGUCCUUAAAUUUCAGGUAUUUUUCUUGAAACAUAGAACAGUGAAUAAAGAUAGAAAACGAUGAUUGUUUUUCUACUUACAAACUUUGUACUUGUUAACCUGCUUGCCGUAAUUUGCUAAGCCUUGUAAAAUUUUGCACUUGGAGGAUGUAAAAUAAAAUAAUGUUUUUAGGUUUUAUAUAUGAAUUUUGAAAUAACCACAUAUUAUCAAUAUUGCAGAACUCCACUGUGAUUUAUCAGGUUUACUAACUAAAUUGUAUUUGGGUCAAAAAAAAAGAUAUUGUUUUUCGGCCAACAUUUUCACUUACCCCUUCCUUCUGAGAUUAAAGAUAAAGAAAUAAUCUUGGGAACUUAUCUCCCUCUAGAGGCUGAGAAAACCAUGUGGGGGACAUUCUGAACUUUUGAUUGGUUAUUCACACAUCAUACACAUAGUAGGUGUACAUAAGCAAGAAUAUCCAAAAAUGAAAUAUCCACUAAAUGUAGUGAUAUCACAGGAAAUAGAAAAGACAGGAGGUUCUUAUUUCAUAUUCUAGCUUGUAGAAGGACGUGUAACGAGAGGGUUAAUCAGGUGUUUCUGGUACUGGAAUUUCCUUACGCCCCUUGGUACUAUUACAUGAGUACAUUUGGAAAUCAGACCCCAUGGGUUUGGUCGAUUUGACCAACCUCGUAACCAACAUAGAAAAUUAGGAAUUAGAUAUAAAUUAUGCAUUUUUUGUUCUAGAAUAACUACAGAUUAUAACAAGAAACCAUAAAUGUGUAGCCUAAAUCAUGGGUUAAUGUUAACAUACAGGAUUUGGAGAAAAAAAAAAGGUUUUGAAAGUGUACU